CAAAACGAAUAUGUCUCGGAAUUUGGUCGCAGGCCAUCGAUUUAUUUAAUUUUCGUGAAUAUUUUCUUUUGUAACGUUCGCAUUAGUAAUUAUACUUUAAUUAUAGUUUUGAUAGUCGCAGUUUUUUGUUUUCGUAACAAUUAAUUUCUAACGUUACGGUAGCUCGCUUUUGUAGGGCGCAAUUUCGAUAUAAUAAUUUCAGUUAUUUGGGCUACAUUUUUGUGUAAACAAAAAUUGAAAGGACUUUAAUGGCUGUGAGAUGUAAUAUAUUAUCAUCUUCAUUAUCAUCUCCGUUGUGCGUAACGGGGGUUUCGUGUUUAUGGAUGUUAGUUACGAAUGCAGGGGAGUGGACGCCAUGUUGUUAUUUACUCUGAUUUGUAAUCGUCGCGAGUCGUGAUAUGAGUUUAUUGUUAUUUUGCAAACAAAGCGUCGGUUAGUGUGUAAGCAUGUUGGAGGAUGUACCCGUCCACGGCAGCCGGAGUGAUUCCAAGGGCUCAAAGGUCUCCGCGCACCAGAGAAAUCUCAGCUUGGACUUUAGACAUGUGACGGGUGCCAGUGGGCCGCCGGCAGGAUGUGGCCACCAGCGGAACCGCUCGCUGGACUCCGUCCUUCAGCGGAUACCCGAGGACAUAACGCCGACGUCGCCCGAAGGCUGCCCCGGCCGGCUGCCCUGCGAGCCGACGGCGCCGCGGCUCGCGCUGCCGCCCGAAGUGCCCGCCGGCUCCGACGACUCCGGCAUCCACACUCCCCCUGACGGGCCCGAGGACGACCGCCCUCUGCCGCCCGCCGCCGCUCGCUCCCGCGAGAGUCUCGACUCCGGCAACCCCGAAGACACCGACAAACCACCCGAUCCGCCCGACACUAAUGAGACAAACGAAACAAAAUCCGAACCGGACCGGACCACGAACGCGGACACAUCGAAAAACAAAGAUUUCCUACUCCGACUGUUCGAAAGCAAACUCUUCGACAUGAGCAUGGCCAUCUCAUACCUCUUCAACUCCAAAGACCCCGGCGUGCAAGCGUACCUGGCCAACAAACUUUUCUCGUUCCCGCACGAGGACGUAGACUUUUAUUUGCCGCAAUUGGCGACUAUGUAUAUAGAGAUGGGUGAUGUGGCCGACGUCCUGAGGCCAUAUUUAGUGUUUAGGUGUAAACAAAGUGCGGAGUUUUCUCUGAGGUUGGCCUGGUUAUUGACGGCAUUCGGAGGGGAUGCGAAGAGGUCGAAAGCGAUGAAGUUUAGGGAUUCAAUAUUGGCCGAGGAGAUCAGACCGGCGGCGCGGCGCGGGCACCAUCGGUCGCAGUCGGACGCCUCGGCGUUGCGGCUAGCGACGCCGACGGGGCGCCACCUCGGCGACCUAGCCUCGGGCCGGGCCUUCGACAGCGGCUGCUUGUGCGGCGAACAGUGCUCCUGUGGAGCGCCGCGAUUAGCACCACAAACACAGUUUCUCAACGCGCUCACGAGCAUCGGUCGAAGGCUGGCCGGCGUGCAAGACAAAGAGCGAAGGAACGGGCGACUGAGGGCAGAGCUCGCUUCGCUGGACCUCAACCUGCCGGCCAGGGUGUGGCUACCGCUGCACCAGCGCCCGCACCACGUGUUGAGAAUACCUUCGCAGGCAGCGGCCGUGCUCAACAGUAAGGACAAGGCCCCCUACAUAAUGUACGUGGAAGUCCUAGAAACAGAGGGCCACGAACCACUUCCCCCACGUUUACUCCCACCAGCGCCGCCCGCGCCCCACUCUCCCCCCAUCCGGCACACGAAGAGCGAGGAGAACCUCGUGCCGGAGUGGCCCGCGCUGUCUCUGUACUCCGCGUUGGAUGAUGUUGAUGCUGGAGACUGCUGGAGUCAUGAUGAUGAGGACUUGAGCCAGUACCCGGCGAGAGCGCCGCAGCCGGACAGCGUUUCACAGGUGUCAGCAGUAUCAGCACUGUCGGCGUCGUCAGCCGGAUCGCGGGAGUCGCUGGCGGUGGGCGCGGGCGAGGUGCGGCGACGGCUGGCCGACGCCACGGCCGCGCCGCCGCCCAACACCUUCCGCCACGACCCCGCCGACCCCUCCGCGCUCGCGCUCAAGGAAUCCUGGGAAAGCAAGCUCGCUCGCAUGCGUUCCUCCUCCCCCUACGGCUCCCUGGCGGGCUGGCGGCUACUCGGCUGCAUCGUUAAAGUCGGCGACGACCUUCGACAAGAAAUGCUCGCCGCACAACUACUGCGAAGACUUCAGGCUGUUUGGGACUUGGAGAGAGUGCCACUCAAGUUGCACCCUUAUGAAAUCCUGUGUUUGGAUAGGGAGUCAGGUCUCAUUCAACCGGUACUAAACUCUGUAUCACUGCACCAAAUCAAGAAGCAAUCGGGCAAAUCGCUCCGCGCGUGGCUGGAGCUCGAACACGGGCCCCCCACUAGUGAGGGCUUCAUGCGCGCGCAGAACAACUUCGUGCAGUCCGCGGCUGCGUACGCGCUCACCAGCUACCUGUUGCAGCUGAAAGACAGGCAUAAUGGAAACAUUCUGCUGGACAGUGCAGGACACAUUAUCCACAUCGAUUUUGGUUUUAUUUUCUCCAUUUCACCUAAGAACCUGGGAUUUGAGAGUUCACCUUUUAAGUUGACGCAAGAGUUCGUAGAAGUAAUGGACGGCGAGAACUCGGACAUGUUCGGCUACUUCAAGAUCCUGAUGCUGCGCGGUCUCAUCGCGGCGCGCAAGCACUGCGACCAGAUCAUACACAUCGUCGAGCUUAUGCGCAUGUGCGGGCAGCUGGCGUGCCUGCGCAGCAGCGCGGCGGUGCCGGGGUUCCGCGCGCGCUUCCACCUCGGCCGCACCGAGCCGCAGCUGCAGGCGCUCGUGGACCGCCUCGUGCGCGACGCGCUGCACUCGCUCUCCACCCGCCUCUACGACAACUACCAGUACUACACCAACGGGAUACUCUAAUAACACUCAUUAAUCUGCAGUGAGGGUCUACCGCGAACACGGACAUUUCCAUAUACGCCUCUAUAUCGCGCUUGCAUAUUCGAGCGAUAAGAAUAAGAAGGCCGAUUCGAGGCUCGCGGUUGUAACCAUCGGAUGAAUUCGUGUGAGUUCACGUGACGUAGGUAUUCGCUGUCGUAUGAUUUUCGGACGUGUUGACCGGAGUCGCAAGAUUUCGUUCGAUCCGUGUCACGAAUAGAGUUGUGCCGUUCUCCGUUUUGUAUGGGGAACGUUCUCGCUCGAGAAUAUUUCCCAUAGUAAACGGAGAGCGUUCUCGAAAACGGCACAACUCUAAUCGUCACGAAUUUGUAGUAGUGUCGAAAAGAAAAUCUUGCCUUGAAAAUAGCAGAAUCCCGAGUGAAACUUUUCGUGGUAUCGACGGUAUUGACAAUAAAAAGUUACAAUUUGAAAGGAAUGUCUAAUAGAGAUUGCAUAAAAAUUUAAUGACUAAAUAUUGUAAAAUUAUCUAUGUAACCUGUUCAGCUUUUGUUAUAUGUACCUACAAGUAAAUUUAAGUACAUUUUUACACACGAGCGCAGAGCCCAAAAGAAAUCAAACUUAUAAGCAGUAUAUCAUAUGGCCUUAUUUACAUUAAAGUAAUAAAAACUAAAUACAUGUUCAUGUUUAACAACACUUCUAUCCUUUCAAAUUGUAAUCCGGCUAUAUUCAAUGUAUAUUUGGACUCUGACAAAAUAUCUGAGUGAUGUAGAUAGAUAUAAAGGAUUUAUUAUUGAAUGCGAAAUUGACGCUAGCUUCCAUUCCAUCGAAUAUCAUACAUUUAUUCACUUAGUUUUAAAAUUGGUUUAGAUUUUUCUAACGUUUUUCAAGCUACUUUCAAUGUAACAAGUCAAUAUUAUCCGACUUAACUGAGUUAUAAACAAAAUAGAUUAUAACAGUCUAGUUUAAUCCAUGGUUUAAAAUAUUUGGACUUAAUUUAUAUCCCAAUUUGAUUAGUAAAAGACAGAAUGUUCCGAUGUAGGAAAUAUUAUUAAGUUACAUCUUCGCAGAGAUUUACGAGAAGGCCAUUCUGCUCUGACGAGGAACGCAGUAAUUAAAUAGUCAUAAAUAUGGAUUCAGGUGUACUUAAGCCAUGGAAAGGAGUAUAAAUACGUAUACAUAUUAUUGACUGGUUACUUAACACGUUCCCUGUCCGGGUGCCCCAACAGGGUGGGAUCAACAAACUUUUUUUCAGGAGUCUGUGCCUUCCACUAUGAGUUCACAACUUUAAAGUGAAAGCACAGUUGGACGUGUGACUUUGUCAUAUCAUUUUGUACGGGGACAGUGAACGUGUUAAGGUACUGCGUUGUUUUCGAACGUAUUGACGAGUCCGUCGAAGAUGUUCGACGUUUCGAGCCGCGUGCGGCUCUGUAGUUAGUGCCAUAGGGCCGGCGCAGACCUACAGAGUAGAGGAGAACAGAUAACUUGCAAAUUGAACCAUACUAUAUUACACAUUACACACAAGGAUCAAAAUACAACAAAACUAAAAUCAGGGACAUAUCAGUAUGUGGCGCAUCGCAGCGGUAUCAAGUUAGAAUUUUUUUUACUUUGAUUUAUUUGUUCGUUAUUUUUAGAUGCUUUGAUGUUAAAAAUAUUUAAGUUUUCUAAACAUAAGCGUUUUAGUUGUUUAGGUAUCGUUUAGCCAUUCAAAAUGAUAAAUUAUGUUCGUUCGCCUCCCUCUAGGUCUGCGCGAGGCCCACAUCCAGGUGUCAGUCGUUCUCUGAAUCUGUUAGUUAUUUGUUUGCUCAGCGGCCCCCCGGCGCCCGUCCGUAGCCGUAGUGUAGCGUCCGACCGACCGGGGCCGCACCUAUUCCUCACUUUCGGACACCCUCUGUAUAUAGUAACAAAAUUAUGAUAAUUUUCGCAAUGAGAAGACUGAUGUUCGAGCAUGAAGCGGUUUAGGUUUAGGUUUCUUAUCCUUGUAUAAGUUUUAACGGUGUAUAUUGAAAUUAAUUGUGUACGAUGAAUUUAUGGAUAAACGCAGGUUCUAAAUAGGAAAGCCAAAGCAUUCGCGGAUGGACGCAUGGUGUGUAUUGGAAUAUUGUUGAUAAAUUAGAUAGCAUCACUGAAAUUGGACGAGUAGAUAUAAAAUUGUGGCAGCAUGCAGAUUUAUGUAAUGUUAUGAUUCCCGUUGUAAGGACGGUUGUUGUUAGAUGUUGUCGCGAGCCGCGGUGCGCUAGAUAGCCUUCUGUAUCAUAACUAAAGGGAUAAAAUACGCAUAACUUUGUUACACAGACGACAUGUUUGAAAAUUGAUGUUAACAAUUAAUUUAGUUUUUCCGUUCGUACGUGAUUGAAUUAUGUUGGGAUUGUUUCGUAAAUAAGCUUAGGAUAAUGUGGAAGGAGAAUGUUGCCAAAUUAUUACUGAGCAGGAAAGAGAUGCUGAUAUUUUUCGAUAUAUUCACGAUUUCCCUGAUAUUCUCUUAACUUUCCUAUUGUAAUAGAAUUAACAUAUAACAUAGCAAUUCAAAGGGCCAUUUGUAUAAUUCAAACAUCGCCAGACUUCAGGAAUAAAACGUGGCUUUCAGAUAUCAAAAUGUACCUUAUGUAGUUAUUAUAAGGUAGUGUUUGAUAUAGAAAAACCAAGUUUGUAUUGAGUUAUAUCAAUGACUUCAAUUAAACCUCCCAAAUAAUUGUGUUUGGAGUGUACUUUCGCCUUUUGAUCGUUUUAGAUAAAACGGAACAUACAUUUGUAGAAUACGGAGGAAAAAUGGGUAUUUUACAUAUCAAAAAAAAACUAAACGCCUAAAUAUAAUGUACAUUUUAUGUACUGUGUAAAAUUAUUGUUUUUCCUACGGAUUCGUCGAUUGAUAGUUAUAUUUUUGUGAAACAAUCUGGACUGUGAGUACGGUUAUGUGUCGAAUUGUAUUUUUGCGCGAGUUUUGUCGCUGUUGAGAUAUUGAACCUGUAGAUAGCUUAUAUGUACCUUUAAUAUUUUACUCUUAAUAUAGUCUCAUUAUAUUCUUUUUCUAGAUAAAUUGAACUGUAAAUAGAAUAGUAUUUGCUUGAUGAUUCAAAAAUGAUAACAAUUACCUAUUCCAGUUAAGAAACAUAACAUCCAAAGUCCAAUAUUAGUAUUUUUCGUCUAAAUUAAUUCCAAUUUAUUUAUCAGUGUACAGAUAAUUUUAAGUACUAUAAUGAUUAUCUUAAUUUUUUAAAAUAUAUAUCACGAUUUUU